AUGAUACACUUGAAAGUUUUACUGCUUGGUUUUCUCCUCAAAGUACAACCGCCCAACGACCUAUUUCCGCUCUUUGAUAAGUAUAGCAAGGUCGUUGACACCUUCAUCCCCAAAGAUCGAAGAACUGGUGACUCGAGGGGUUUCGCUUUUGUGUGUUACAAGUAUGAUGAUGAAGCUUCCAAGGCUGUUGAUUGGCUUGGCGAAAAGAAGCUGCACAAGCUAGUUAUAAAGAGCAAGAUCAAUGAAACUAAGGAUGUUAUGAAGCGGAAAGCAAAUGAGAUUGAUAAAAGCAAGGUAUCUGGCUCCAGAAUAUGCAGUGAGUGGAAAUCUUACAGACAAAUCAAAUGUUUGUUGAUAAAGGAAAUCCAUGUCCUCGAGCAUAAUAUAGAUGCACUAUGGAAUGUAUAUUCAACAAUCUCAAUCUCAUUUACAGAACAUGCAUCACCAGACUUUCCUCUUCUAAAUUCCUCAUUUGGGAGGUGGCAUUUUGGUCAUUCUCAUCAUGAUGAGGAUCAUCACCUUCCUCAGCCGCUCAAAGAUGAGGAGAAUAUUUUCCGACUUGGUUUUGUCGCCAACAUCGCCUUAGCCAUUGGAAAAGCGUUUACCGGUUACCUUUAA